AUGGCCAACGUGUCUUACGUGGACAAGCAGUACCAGGUCGUGCCAGAGUACCUCUCAUUCAUCAACAAGUUUUACGAGGCGUCUCUCCGAGAGGCCCCCUUCUCGACGCACCCCCAAGCGGCGACGGCGGAGAUCAACGAGCGGAUCCAGCACCUGACAAACGCCGUGGACGUGCUCAACGGGGCCUGGGUGAACAGCAACACGCAGCUGGUGGUGGUGCAGGCGCUGCACUUCAGGGCCCUCUGGGACUUCCAGUUCGUCCGCGAGGACAACGUGAGGCGGGACUUCACCGACGUCCACGGGGACAAGCACAUGGUAGAUAUGAUGGUCACCAACGGCGUGUUCCGGUCCUGCGUCUACCCGGAGCUUGACACGGCCGCUGUGGAACUGCCCUACAAGGACGUAGGAAGCAGUCUGGUACUCCUGAAGCCCAACUCCCCGACCGGCAUCAACGCCCUCGUGAGUGGGCUCGCGCCGAUCCAUCUGGACAGGCUCCUCAAGGCGCUGCGCCACAAGGGCUCAGUGUCCCUGACCAUCCCGAGACUGCGCCUGCGCAAGACAUGCGAGAUGAGCCAGGUGCUCAAGGAACUCGGCCUCACGAGCCUCUUCAGCGACGCGACGGCACUGCUGGGCAUCGCCGCCAACAGACCCCUGUCCUGCUCCCUCCUUGUCCAGAGGGUCAGCCUCACGUUGGACGAGCGCGGCUCCGAGGCGCCCCGGCCUUCAGCCGACCUGGACGUCCUGGUGUCCUCGGCCAGCGGGGCGAUAGAGUUCACGCUGGACCGGCCUUUCGUCUUCGUGCUCCUGCACCGCGACCCCUUCGCUGUCGUCUUCAUGGGCUGCGUCAAGGAGGCUCCCGUCACCAACCCUACCAAGACCGACUAG